AGUCACCUUUUUCUCCAAAUCGCUAUAAAUUCGCAUUCAUUGCUUUUCUCUCUAGAUAGAUUGCACUAAUCCGUCAUAAACAACUUUCUUACUUCCUCUCUUGAAACUGCCCGUAAGAGAAGAAGAAGAAGUUGAGCUGAAAUGGCUCAUGACAUUGGUAAAGAUGAUGCAAGAAUAGGUUCUGGGGAUUUCAGUUUCUUGAUUGUGAGUCAUGAAGAGUGUGGGAUUUGGGAUUUGUUCAAGUUCUUGAUGUUUAAUGAUCAACAAAGUGGUGCAAAGUUUCUAAAAUGUUGUCGUCUUGGAAGUGGGGGUAUUUUUGAAGAAGAGGUGUCGGGGGAUAUUAUUAGUGAUGGUGAGGAGGUGAGUCCUGAUCAUAGGUGGGUAAUAGUUGUUUCUGUUAUUGUAAGGAAAAUUAUUAAGGUGUUUGGUAAGCCCAUGGAAUGGUUUGGUUAUCUUGUGGAGUUCAUUCUCAAUCUUCUUUCUCUCAAUGGCAACUUUCUUGGACUUCUCUGCAGAAUUCUUCAUGGAAAUGUCGUCAUGCCGAAAAGAGAUUCAGAAACCUUCAUAAGUGCAAUCGGACAUUUAGAUGGACGUGUAGACCUGUGCAAAACUGAAAGCUUCUCCAAAGAGAUUAGCGAGCCUGAUUUUGGGAAGAAAAUUUGGCAACUUGAGAUGGGAAAUCGUGCUUUAAUGGAUCUGUGUAUGAUUGCUUCCAAAUUGGCGUAUGAGAACGCAAAGGUUGUCAGAAAUGUUGUGGAUCUUCAUUGGAAGAUGCAUUUUGUGGACUUCUACAACUGCUGGAAUGAUUAUCAGAAAGAGAGGUCAACCCAAGUUUUCAUAAUGUGUGAUAAGCCAAAAGAUGCAAAUUUGAUACUCAUUAGCUUCAGGGGCACUGAGCCAUUUGACGCUGAUGAUUGGAUAACUGAUUUCGACUACUCAUGGUAUGAGAUUCCAAAACUUGGAAAAGUACAUAUGGGCUUUCUAGAGGCCCUAGGUUUGGGAAAUAGAGCUAACGCUACCACAUUCCAUGAGCAUCUUCGUGCAAAAAAUGCCAGACAUUCUAAUUUAAAUGGUCUUGAUGCAAGAGUUGCCUCUUCUAAAGGUCAUCAUUCAUCAGUAUACUUAUUUAGCAAUUCAGAUAGAUCAACCCCAUCAUCUGAUCCAGAACAGCAAUCAGGUUCUGAAGAGGAGCUCAUACCAGUAAUGAAAGAGAUGACUGCUUACUAUGCUGUGAGAAGUAAACUCAAGGAUUUGCUCAAAGAGCACAAGACUGCAAAAUUUGUGGUUACAGGGCAUAGCUUGGGAGGAGCCCUGGCCAUAUUGUUCCCGACGGUCUUGGUACUGCACGAGGAGGAAGCACUGAUGCAGCGGUUGUUGGGUGUUUACACUUAUGGGCAGCCUCGGGUGGGUAACAGACAGUUAGGGAGGUACAUGGAGGCUCAUCUGGAGCAUCCUGUUUCUAUGUACUUCAGAGUAGUAUACUGCAAUGAUCUUGUUCCGAGGUUGCCCUAUGAUAACAAAACAUUCUUGUAUAAACAUUUCGGGAUAUGCCUAUAUUACAACAGCCUCUACGUCGAGCAAAAUGUUAAUGAAGAGCCCAACAGAAAUUACUUUGGUUUGAGGUACCUGAUACCGGCUCAUGUAAACGCUGUGUGGGAACUGUUGAGGAGUGUGACAAUGGGUUAUGUAUACGGGACAGAUUACAAGGAAUCCUGGGAAUCCAUCCUGCUAAGGAUAGUGGGACUAGGAAUGCCUGGUCUGUCUGCUCACAGCCCUGUGAACUAUGUAAACUCUGUACGGCUUGGGAGAAUGAGAUCCUGUUAAAAUGAUGUCCUUAUAGAAUAAGGAAACAUCUCAUUCUUGGAUUUACAAGCCCUGUAAUGUGUGUGUCUGCUGCUAGAUUGAGGAAUAAAUGAGGGAUUUGUGGUGUUG